CCCCCACAAUGCAACAGUGCUAUCUGUAUCUAUUCCUGGUCUGACACUUCAGCUCCUGCGAGCUGGCGAGUCCUCGUCCUCCUCGUCUCAGCAGACCACUUUCUGGUGUGAAAACCAUUCUGUGGGUGGUGCAUGCUGACCUGGCUUUGUUUGUUUGUUUGUUUGUUGACGUCUGUUGCUCUGUGGUCUUUCAGCCGUACCUCCAGCUGAAGUGGGCGUGCCCAAGCGUUGAUUUAAAGACUGGUUGAUUUGGGAGGAACUGUGUGAGAAUGAGCACCUACAACGUGUCUCUGCCGGGCCCCGGGCCCUGGGGCUUCAGGCUGCAGGGCGGGAAGGACUUCAACAUGCCACUGACCGUCUCCAGGAUCACUCCAGGGAGCAAAGCGGCGCACUGCAACCUGGUCCAGGGCGACGUGAUCGUUGCCAUCGAUGGCAUCAGCACGGCGGGGAUGACGCACCUGGAAGCCCAGAACAAGAUCAAGAUGGCCAACUACAGCCUGGCUCUAACCAUGACCAAGUCGAAGCGUCCCGUUCCCAUGGUAACCCCGAGAAUGGAUGCCGCCAUUCCCUUGAUCCCUCACCAGCAGCAGAUCAUCGGCCCGACUCCGCCAAAUGCUGGCUUCCACCCCGGCACCCUCAAAGACUCUGCCCACUCCACCCAUAAGCCCAUUGAGGUGAAGGGUCUGGGUGGGAAGGCCAACAUCAUCCACGCCCAGUACAACACGCCCAUCGGCAUGUACUCACAGGAUGCCAUCAUGGACAUCAUCGCCGGACAGACGCAGGCUGAGGGCCACGACGCUGGUUCUCUUCCAGUUCCAGAUCGUGGCUUGGACAGCUCGUCCCCAGUUUAUCAGGCCGUCCACAGCAAGGACAAGGACCCAGACUCCGCCCAGUGGGGCAGCCACACCUCCAACACGCAGUCCAAGUCCUUCCGUGCCCUCGCCCACAUGACCGGGACUGAAUCCUUGACAGCAGAAGAGGAGGAGGAGGCGCAGAGGAGGAGCAGCCUGAAGCGACAGUCAGCUGCUGGCUACGCUGUCCAGCACAAAGCCGCCGUCUCCAGCCAUUACAAUCAGCCACCAGGCGUGCAUCAUGCCCCACAAGCCCCGCCUCCCCAACAAUAUCAGCCAAUCCCACAACAAUAUCAGCAGCCUCCCAUUCACCAAACCCCACCCACUCAGCAGAGCUCCAUCCAGAUCCCCCUUGGCUCCGCCCCUCACAAGGUGGUCAGCACAGCCUGCAUCUACCCGUCACAGCCAGCUCCUCCCCCUGCAUCAGUCCUGCAUCAGCCCCGCCCUCCAGUGGCAGCUCCAGCCCCGCCUCUAGGUGCUUCAUCUGACUCUAACAGACCCCCCUGGGUAACCGACACCAACUUUGCUGAGAAGUUUGAUCCUGGUAAAACCACCACCACCACCAUGAAGGUGCCACCGCUACCCCAGGCUGCUCCUCCACCUCCACCGUACAUCCCCAGUCGCUCCCAGGCUUCAUCUUCUGUACACAGCCCCGCCCCCAUCACGCCCAGCCCCGCUCCCAUCACCACCAGCCCCGCCCCUUUCAUGCCAGUGGCGAGAGGCGUGGCCCAAAGAGCGGAGAGGUUCGCCGCCAGCAGCCGCACGCCGCUCUGUGCCUCCUGCAACAGUGUCAUCAGGGGUCCGUUUCUGGUGGCCCUGGGCCGGUCCUGGCACCCCGAGGAGUUUAACUGCCACUACUGCCACAUGUCUCUGGCUGACGUCAGCUUUGUGGAGGAGCAGAACAAUGUCUACUGUGAGAACUGUUACGAGGAGUUCUUCGCACCGACUUGCGCUCGCUGCAACACCAAGAUCAUGGGGGAGGUGAUGCAUGCUCUGCGACAGACAUGGCACACCACCUGUUUCGUGUGUGCCGCCUGCGGGAAACCAUUUGGAAACAGUUUGUUCCACAUGGAGGAUGGCGAGCCGUACUGUGAGAAAGAUUACGUGGCGCUCUUCAGCACAAAGUGCCACGGCUGUGACUUCCCGGUCGAAGCCGGCGAUAAGUUCAUUGAAGCUUUGGGUCACACCUGGCAUGACACCUGCUUUGUCUGCGCGGUUUGCCACGUGAACCUCGAGGGCCAACCGUUCUACUCCAAGAAAGACAAACCCUUGUGCAAGAAGCAUGCUCAUGCCAUCAAUGUGUAGACACGCCCCUUCCUCGUGCACUGCCGUAGUGUCGGCGAGGGCGCCGCGUCCAGCUGAUACAUCAGACAC